AUGGCUGUGUUACUGACCUUCCAGGACCCGGCUGUGUUAAUGGCUGUGUUACUGACCUUCCAGGACCCGGCUGUGUUAUUGACCUUCCAGGACCCGGCUGUGUUACUUACCUUCCAGGACCUGGCUGUGUUACUUACCUUCCAGGACCCGGCUGUGUUACUUACCUUCCAGGACCUGGCUGUGUUACUUACCUUCCAGGACCCGGCUGUGUUACUUACCUUCCAGGACCUGGCUGUGUUACUUACCUUCCAGGACCCGGCUGUGUUACUAACCUUCCAGGACCUGGCUGUGUUAAUGGCUGUGUUACUGGCUGUGUUAAUGGCUGUGUUACUGACCUUCCAGGACCCGGCUGUGUUAAUGGCUGUGUUACUGACCUUCCAGGACCCGGCUGUGUUAAUGGCUGUGUUACUGACCUUCCAGGACCCGGCUGUGUUAUUGACCUUCCAGGACCCGGCUGUGUUACUUACCUUCCAGGACCCGGCUGUGUUACUUACCUUCCAGGACCCGGCUGUGUUACUUACCUUCCAGGACCUGGCUAUGUUACUUACCUUCCAGGACCCGGCUGUGUUACUGACCUUCCAGGACCUGGCUGUGUUAAUGGCUGUGUUACUGGCUGUGUUAAUGGCUGUGUUACUGACCUUCCAGGACCCGGCUGUGUUAAUGGCUGUGUUACUGACCUUCCAGGUCCCGGCUGUGUUAAUGGCUGUGUUACUGACCUUCCAGGACCCGGCUGUGUUAUUGACCUUCCAGGACCCGGCUGUGUUACUUACCUUCCAGGACCUGGCUGUGUUACUUACCUUCCAGGACCCGGCUGUGUUACUUACCUUCCAGGACCCGGCUGUGUUAUUGACCUUCCAGGACCUGGCUGUGUUACCUACCUUCCAGGACCCGGCUGUGUUACUUACCUUCCAGGGCCUGGCUGUGUUAUUGACCUUCCAGGACCCGGCUGUGUUACUGUGUUACUUACCUUCCAGGACCUGGCUGUGUUAA